AAUUUUUGUUGCUUAACAUUGCAACACACAAGAGGUUUCUAUUAAGUUGUGCUCUAACUGAAAAAAAAAUAACCGCACACAAAAGGGAGGAAAAAAAGUUUUUGGAAUUAUGUUGUGAAUUACACCGGAGUGCAUUUUGUGAACACAUGCUUGUGCGGUCGGUUGUAAGAAUCGGGGCUGGUGAGAGGGACAGUGGAAUUCUGGGAUUGUACCAAGCGAUGUCGGACUCCGAACAGGAAGGAGGAUGUGUGAAGAAAUCGCGAUUGUCCAGUUAUAGUGACGGGGAAGUCAGUGUAAGAACAAUGAAUGGCCAGGUCCAAAAAUCAGAGCCCGACCCAGAUGCCAUCAAAAUGUUUGUUGGUCAAAUUCCAAGGUCGAUGGAUGAAAAUGAUCUCCGCAAAAUGUUUGAAGAGUUUGGUGCAGUGUAUCAGCUAAAUGUUCUCCGUGACAAAGCCACAGGACAAAGUAAAGGUUGCUGUUUUGUCACAUUUUACACAAGGAAAGCAGCACUAGAUGCACAGAAUGCAUUACACAAUAUCAAAACAAUGAGUGGGAUGCACCAUCCCAUUCAGAUGAAACCAGCAGACAGUGAGAAAAGGAAUGAGGAAAGGAAAUUAUUUGUCGGGAUGAUUUCCAAGAAGUGCUCGGAGAGUGAUGUUAAAAUGAUGUUUGCUCCAUUUGGUUCAAUAGAGGACUGCACGAUAUUGAGGGAUCAGAACGGACAGAGUCGAGGAUGUGCUUUUGUAACGUAUGCCAAUAGACAGUCUGCUCUGAAUGCCAUAAAGAACAUGCAUCACUCACAGACCAUGGAGGGGUGUUCAUCACCUAUUGUUGUGAAGUUUGCAGAUACACAGAAAGAAAAGGAAGCGAAAAAAAUACAACAAAUAAAUCAAAAUCUCUGGAACAUAUCAGCAGGGGGUGUGGCUGGCUUCUCCCCCCAAUAUAUCACAUUGUUACAACAGGCAGCAAUGGCUGGAAAUCUGGGACUCCUCAACACAGGAAAUCUAGCGUCGCCCACCGGCGGUACUAAUCCCCUCGCUGUUCAGCAGUUACUGUUGGCAGCAGCGAAUGCGGCAGCAUCCGGGAAUAAUACAGGGCUUCUAGCGGCCCUUGCCGCACUCCAAACCAACAACAGUGGGGGGAAUAUGUCAUCUCCCUGUCAAACGCCAACCAGUGCUAGUAAUUCAUGUGGAUCAGGUGAACCAACAUUACCCCUCCAGAACCUACAGGGACUGGCCGCUCUCACCUCAGCCACAGGUAACCCAGCAGCAGGUGGUAUUGGUGCUUUGGGAAUGCAGAGCAUAGCAGCGUUAAAUCAAAUAGCGGGAGUGACGAAUUCCACCUCAGCAUCAGGAUCUGUCACGGGCACAUCCCCCACUAACUCUUUGAGCGGCCUGGCAAGUCUACAGACCCUUGGUAACAAUAAUUUUGCCUCGGUGUCCCCGGGGGUCACGUCUAAUGGACUAGGGGGUUCUUCGGCCCCCGCGGGGAUGGAUGCCCUUAGCCAGGCCUAUACUGGGAUCCAGCAAUACGCAGGUUUGUCCAGUUUACUCUCUCCCGCAGGAAAAGCAUCAUUCCCAAAUGCAUUCAACACUCAAGCAGCUCAACAGAUCCAACAGGCCCAGGCCAAUUCACCAGCGGGGAAACAGACAGAGGGUCCAGAUGGUGCUAACUUGUUUAUUUACCACCUCCCCCAGGAGUUCAGUGAUCAGGAUCUGAUGCAGACAUUCUUGCCUUUUGGAACCGUAAUAUCAGCCAAAGUCUUUAUAGAUAAACAGACAAACCUCAGUAAAUGUUUUGGGUUUGUGAGCUAUGACAAUGCUCUGUCGGCCCAGGCAGCCAUACAAGCAAUGAAUGGCUUUCAGAUUGGAAUGAAGCGACUUAAAGUUCAGCUGAAGCGACCUAAAAGUGACAGCAAACCUUACUAGAGGGACACACUGUGAUUUUGACGUCUGACUGUCUCCACGUGGCGUUCUCUUCAUGUUACCUUUUUGUCGCUCGUUGUGUGCCCGGAGCUUUGUGUCGGCAGGAGUUACUUCCCUUGGCCUCAACCACAGGGACUGUUCAUUAUUUUGUAUAUUUCCUGGUGUGGCCUGUUAGAAACAGGAAGCUAUAAUUUUUUUUUAAUCUCUUUUUUUUUUUAAUUUUGUUUUUGUUGACUCAAAUAGUAAUGUGCUUCAUUUUAAUCAGGAUUGUAUACCAAAGAUACAUUUAUUUUUUGUAUGUAAUCAAAAAGAAAAGCUGAUAAUUUUGUUUCCAUGACAAUAUUGUACAUAGUCGGGCUGGGUAUGUGGUGCCAGCUUUUAGUGCUAUAUUUAGGUAAGUUGUUAGUGUGUAUUGCCGCGCAUUGUAAAUGCUAGGACAAGAUAUGCCUCAAUUAUCAGCUGAUGUAUGCCCUCCGCUAGUCAAAUCAUGAUACUCCAUGCUACCACUACUACAAACCAACCUACUUACCCCUCCCCCUUCUAUUCCCCAAAACAAAGUGCUCUGAGGAUGUCAGAAAGCAUGGUAAAAAAAAACAAACAAACAAACAAACAUUUUAGGUAAUAUUUAUGCUCCCUGGCUCAUCAUGGGUUGAUUUGCAAAGUUAAAAAAAAUAUUGAAAAUAAAACAUUGUAGUCAUCAAACAUUGAAAAUAUCUGGUACUCUUAGGAAAUAUGCACAUUUUUAAUUUUUUCCUUUUCUUUCUUUCUUUUUUUUUUUGGGGGGGGGGAGAGAAGAGAGGGUGCUGAAAUUGAUCUUCUCAAAAAUAUUGAUGAAAUUUGUCCACAUGGUUGGUUUGAAGUACAGAGUAAGCAAAAAAAAAAAAAACAAUUAUGUAUUAUUUUUUGUUGCCUCUCUCUAAAUUUCAUUUUUAUUAGAAGCAGUUUUGUCUUGUUGCAGCUCAAUAAGUACAUAAUAGAAUUUUUGAAUCAAGAUCAACUUGGCACAGUGUAGUAUUUACUCAUAUGAAUAUAUUUAUGUUUCAAGGUCAUUCCUAGAAAAAUGUCCCCAGCUCAAUAAAUAUGAUUAAGCUAUAUAAAAUAAUACCCAGAAUUCUUACUAAAGCUGUUAAUUAAUCAAUUUUCAAUUUGGAAGCCAACAGCACCCUUUGUUUUAGGAGAGUAAUUUUUCUGGGAGUGACCUGUAUGAGCCUCGGUUACAUAACCUUUGUGCACUUAGGUUAGUAACCUUAUAUUUCUCUGGUCUUGUGACCUAUUUGUACUAGGGUAUUAGCUCCUUGAGGAGCGUUUAUAGACCCCCUCUCAGGGCUUAGUCAAGUGUACAGUUUAGACUAGCGUCCCUGUGGUUGGGAUAUUUUAUAUGUAUGUAGCUUAUUACAUGUACGAGAAACAGAUUUUUAUGGUGAGGUUUUUUAAAUACAGAAAGACAGCUAUAUAUUUUUUUUUCUUUGUGGUCAGUGUUUUUGCAGUGUUUUCAGUUUUGUUUUCAAACAAUGUUAUUGUUAUGGUUUUGUUUGUGAAGGUUUCAAAAAUCAAAAGAUUGUUUAGGAACUUGUUAUUUUUACUAUAUAUUAUCUUGUUUGUUUUUAAUGGUUCACAAUGAGAUGUUUUUACUGUAUUGAGCACUAGCAGCAUUAGGGAGCACCUGUUGGUCCCCCUUGCAACAUUAGGGGGCACUGGUUGGUCCCCCUAGUUUUUGUUUGGGUUGUAUUGUUUCAUUGUCUGUACUCAGAACUCACAUUUUUAACUGAGUGAAAUUCUUUGUUUGAUGUUAACCCUAACUUACAGGCAGUGCUGUUACAAACAAAAUUCAUGUAUAGAUUUAUUUUUAUUUUCGUACAAAAUAGACAUCAACAAAAUCGCCUAUUAAGAGUCAGAUGCUUACUGUAUGCUGUCAGUUCUCAGCAAUAAUUCAUGUUUAGUAUGUGCCUUACUGCAAAUGUGGAACAGAUUUGUCUAAGGUGUCAAGUAUAUAUAUAGAGUUAUAUAUUUUUGGUUUAUCUUGUUAAAGAAAUACGCUCUAGAUGUUACCAUGGUAAUAUGGAAAUCAUCUUUUAUCAUUUAAAUGAGGUAAAUAAAGCUAUUAGGAAACCAGUUUAUUUGGGAACCAGUCAGAAUAUGAUGACCCUGGAACAGGGUUCAAGGUUCAGGGGUCACUAGAUCGUGUUCUCUGUAUUAACCCUCCUAAUGUCUGUUAACCUCGCUAAAACUCAGGAAUUCAUGUUAAGUGUUACAACUCCUUUGUAUACCUGUUCACAUUAAGCUAGUCAGAAAUAUUAAACUUUCAUUAAAUAACAGAAAAAAAAAAUCAAAAAUCACAUAGAGAGUUAUUUAGAUAUUAUAUUCAUCAGAAAUCACCCUAGGACAUUAAAUAAUGUGGUAUUAAGUUUUACAUCUAAAUAAUGUGGUAUUAAGAUAUACAUUGUUUAAAACACGGUGAAUAUUGAUUUUAUUUUUAUUGCUCAAAAUUUGUUCUUUGUGGGUUUAAUUUUUAUGUCUGUUUUUUUUUUUCUUUUAUUUUUAUGGCGUUUUCAAACUACGAAGGAUGUUAUACAUAUCAAAAGAUUUUAACAUGCCUUGUUAAGAUAUUAUUUAAAGAGGUUACUCAUUUUACUAAUAUUGCUCACAUCAAAAAGAAAAAAAAAACCAAAUUAGAUUGCCAAAGAGUAUUCAUUAGGGUUUGUUUAUUAGCUACCCCAUGACAUUUGCAUGCUGGCUGUAGGAAUAAAAUAGGAUCUCAUUUGACUAGUGUGGCCAUAAAGUUACCAGAAUCAUUAACUGAGAGUCGGAGAAGAGACUAUUAUUGGAUAUACUCAACUCUGUUCUCCUAGUCAAAAUAUAAUGAAAAAUCAGUAUUACCAUGAAAAAAAAAACUGUCAAAAUUUUGCAUCUCAUAGAGACACAAUAACACUAAAAAACUAUUAAUUCAUGAAUAGAAAAAUUUCCCUAUUCAGUUUGUUACCAAAUCAUAGAAAAAAAUGUCCAUAUGGAUUUUAUAAAACAUAGUUUCAAGAUUUUUUUUUUUCAGUUCACUGCAAGAAAAUUGUACUCAUUGUCUGUCAUGUGACCAGAAGAUCAGUCAUGUGACUGUCACAUGAUCUUGUGUUAGUGUUGUGAUUUGGCUGUGUACAUUAUGAUAUGCCAAUAAACAGUUAAAUAAUGA